CCCCAGAUUUUUCAUAUAUUGGGAUCUUUUCUGCUUACAAAAAUAUUUUAAUCAUGAGUUGUGGAAGUCAGUUUGUAAAAACUCUUAAGAAAAUUGGAUAUCCAAAAGCUGACGAGCUUAAUGGAGAAGAUUUUGACUGGCUGUUUGAGUCCGCGGAAGACAGAUCAUUUCUGGAGUGGUUUUGUGGAAAUGUAAAUGAGCAGCAUGUGAUAUCUGAAAAAGAACUGCAGGAUUUUAAUAAUCUUCUUGAAUCGGGUAAGCCCAUUCUAGAAGGCGAUGCGCUGGAUGAAGUUCUUAAAAACUGUAAAUCUGUGUAUUCAAAGAGCAGUAGUCAGGGAGAGGAGGAACGUAAGAGAUUAGAGGACGAAUUGCAAGCUCUUCAGAAGAUGAAAAAUCUUAGCAUUCAUCGGUGUGAAAAGCUUCAGAUGAUGUCUUCCAAAAACAGCCAGCUGUCACAGGCAUUAAAAGAUGACGAGAAGGAAGCACUUAAAGCUGUGAAAGAAGGCCUGGGAGCGCUUACUGCAGCAAAUAAAAAGCUUCACAGUGAACUACUGUCUCUUGUUGAUGAAGCUAAGAAACUGGCUUCUUUCUUGACUGCCUCAGAAUCAGAACAAGAUCCACAUCCAGUGUUUUUUUCCCAGCUUUCUUUGGACAAGUAUUUGGCUCAGGAGGAACAAAGGACUGUAGCAAUUGCCUCAUACGCAAAAAAACAUUUUUCUCAAGGUAUGUCUGAGUUAGCUGAAAGUUCACAUGAUGAAAACUUUCUGCUUGGGGAUAAAAGCAAACAAUUGGCUUGUGAUGAAGCUAAUGAGGUUUGUGAAGAAAGUCGUGAGUUGGUUCGCCUGCAAACAGCAUAUAUUUGUGCCCAACAUCAGCUAAUUCAAAUGAAAGCUGAAGAAGAGAGUUUGAAGUCAGCUAUAGAGUGUGCAGAGAAAAUGCUUCAUUCCUUAAAGACCAAGGGAAUUGAAAAAGAAAACCUCAACGUCAAAAUAUCUACUUUAAAUGAUGAAAUUUCAACACUUAAAAAGCAAAUAGCUAAGAUAAACAAUGAAGAUCUGCCUGCCCUUUUGAAAGAGAAUGCUCGACUAUGGAUUGCACCAGUGGUGAAAGGUGUUUUUGAUCGUCGGAUUGCUCAGCAGGACUACUAUGCUGCAAGACAAGAUGAAAUAUACCACCAUGUGAUAAAUCAGCAAGCAUCAUUUGAACUUAUUGAGCUAGCUUAUGAAAUUGAACUGAGGAAACAUAAAGACCUCCAUUGUCAAUUUGAAAAUUUGAUAGAGUAUUUGAAGCAGAGCAGUAAUGAGUUGGAACAGAGACUGCAAAUGAUGUCUGAGCUAGAUCAACCUGCAAAGCCAAGGAUCGCCAUUGAUCCAAAGGAUGAUUUCUCUCGUAGGCUAUACCAGCUUCUGGAAGGUGAAAAUAAGAAAAAAGAAUUGUUUAGGACAUAUGAAGGCCUUCAGCAGAUGGCUCAAAAAUUAGAGGAGGAUUGUGUUACGGUACAAGAUCAGCUAGCAGUGUCUUCUCAAGAACAGUCUCUGUUUUUAUUCAAGCUAAACAGUGAUAUAGAUGCCCUCUGUGAUGCUGUGUAUUGUGGAGGAAAUAAAGUAUUACUUAGUAGCCAGGAACUUACUGAUCAGUUUCAUGAAAUAGAAGUUCAUUUAAAUGAAUUAAAUAAGCUCACAAUUGAUCUUCUUGAUGAUAUAAAGAGAAAGAGAACUGCUCUAGAAUCUAAUAAGCUGCUUCAGAUGGAAAGAAACUUGUAUGUGUAUUAUAUCAAAGAUGAGGACCGCUUGAAAAAGAUGGUUGAGGAGCUUGAGCAACAAUCUAAGGCUAAAAGGUUCUAG